GCCCCCAGUAGUAGUUCACGUCCUCCAGCCAUAAAAAGAGGUGAUGCAACAAACCGGCGACAACUGUAACUUCAGCAGCUGAACGCGAGAACACUCCGUCGGAGGAGAGCAUCACAACACGCGCGUUUUAUUCAGUCAAAACAAGAUAUCGGAAUGAUGCUCCAGCAUCCUGGUUUGGGUCCCUCGGAGAUCAGUGCGACUGCUUUGGUACCUUGCCUCUCCCCACCUGGCUCUCUCACGCUGGACGACUUCACCAGCUUCACUCCAUUAGUGAAAGAGGAGCUGCGCAACGCCAUUCAGAACAAACGCCUGUCCAACGGCAUGAGCACCCUGACCCCUGACCGAGCGUGUAUGAACACAGAUCACCCUACUGAACCACCUGUAAUGAAGCGUGAGACCAUUCCAGAGGAGAAUGAAAGGAGAAAAAGAAGGAGAGAAAGAAACAAAAUUGCAGCAGCGAAAUGCAGAAACAAGAAAAAGGAGACAACAGACAAUUUACAAAUGGAGUCAGAGAAGUUGGAGUCCAUCAAUGCUGAGUUGAAAGCCCAGAUUGAGGAGCUGAAGAACCAAAAGCAGCAGCUAGUUUACAUGCUCAACCUGCAUAGGCCCACCUGUAUCGUCCGAGCUCAGAACGGCCAGACCCCUGAAGACGAGAGGAAGCUCUUCAUCCAGCAAAUCAAAGAGACCACCCUGCAGGGUCUGAAUCUAACCACAAGUGGACCAACACACAUCUCAAUACCAACUAGCUGUGGACAUCUCUAAAUCACAAACUGUACAGGCAAGAAGCUAAUGGUUUGGCAGUCCUUGCCAAGGAAAGCUGGAAGGUUCACCCACGUUAUAAAGGACUAAACACGGGGCGUCUGCCAUGCUGCCAGUUGAGGUCGAUCUGAUAUACACUGAAAGACACUGUUAAAGCACUAGAAGGACAUUUGAUGCGUUUUUCCUUUUAUUUAAAUGUGUUUGUAAUUGUAUGUAUGUUCAACAUGUUAUGCUUUUUAUAUGCACCAAAGUCUGAUGUCAUGUUGAUCCUAGAACAACAUGAUUUCAUUUAUUUAUCAGCUUGUUGGUUAAAUGAAACCCUGGUGGUGUGUUUGACAGCAAGUACUAUUCUAGUGAGACUAAACAAAUGUAGUAAUUUGCGUGUAUAUUUUCAUUUAUUGGCAAGACAUACAGGGUGACAAAAUUGUUUAGUUACAUAUUUAUCUGUGGCCUCUGCCUUGCUAGUUGUCCACAUAACAUGCCACAUGAAGUAUUUCAAGCUGCUACUAAUCUCUCAGGACUUGGUCUAUAUAUAUAUAUUGCAGGAAACUCUUAUUAAAUAGACUGAUAACAUAACAGGGAAGUCGACGCAUAAUGGACUUUGAGAUAAUGAGGUGUCCUGCACACUACAAGGAAGUUUCUACCUUUUGUCACGUAAAGCCUGUUCGCUGUCACCUCAACCGUCUGACUAUGUUGUUGUUGCAAUGCUGUGAGCAGGAAGAUCUGCAUUUGUCAGCCCACUAUAAAAAAAGAGUGUUUUUGUGCUAUUAGCAAGGACAUACUUAUUUUCUGAUGUUGCAUUUUUCAUAUACUGUAGCUGUGUGUUUUAUUGUCUAGAUGCACAAACCUCUACACUCCCAGCUAACAGGAAAUAUUCUCAGAACUUGCCUAAUGUUCUAACAAGGUUUUGUGAAAAAUAAGAGUGGAUCUCCAGUAACAUUAAUAGAAUGUUCAUUCAAAGUUAUGUGGUCUUAAAAAAUUUUCUCAAAACCAUCUUGAAAUAUCCUUUUCUGAAACGUUUUAGUUGGUUGCAUAACAUUCAGAAGUAAUGUUCCCAUAAUGUUUGCAAACGGUUUAAAUGGAGCAUCCCCUUAAUGUUUUCUCUAACAUUCGCAUAACCCAGAAAAAAAAAAAGUGGGACGUUUUAAACUUUCAGAGAAGAUUCAGAAAUAACUUAAUGGGAAUGUUAGCAAAAUCUACAUAGAACAUAUUUUUGUUAGCUGGGCUUAUCCUAAAGAAAAAAAAACUUGAAGUAAAGCUCUUAUUAAUUGUCUGGCUAUGUGCCUAGAUCAUGUGUCAUGCAAUUUUAGUGUCACGUAUUGUUGUCAGUGAAGAAACACAUACUGCAAGACAUCUGAUCAGCCCCUGUGACUGCAUUUCCUAUUAUUUCAGAAAUGUGUACUAGAGUAUUAAAAUCACUCCAUUUAUAUGAAACCGAGGAAAACACCUAAUCUUUUCAUAUACUUCUCCCUCAUGUUUAAAUUUAUGCGUAGUUGCAUUGUUUAAAUGUAUGUUCUGUCGUGUACUGAAAGGUUAAGUGAUGCAGGUGUCAGGUAGCUUUUUUCCUUUUGUGUGUGUGUGUGUGUGUGUGUAUGAAUGUUUGUUUAAACAGACAUACCACAAAAUAUGGUACUACUGACAUUAAAUGUGUAUUGAAAACAUA